AACAAGAGGGGGAGAGAGAGACAGAGAGACAGAGAGACAGAGAGGCUGAUAGAGGGAGCCUGAACAGUUCUAUGUAAACAGGCUGUCAGAAAAUAAAGUGCAGGGGCAUUUUGAGGCUGGGAAAAGGAUCGCAUAGGUACUGCAAAGCAACACACACUAGGACAGAGAGAGUGAGAGAGGAGAGAGGGAUGACACAGAAGCACCGGGGCCAGUGAGAAAAAGAGAGAACGCUUAACAGCAACAGAGGGAAAGAGUGAGGGAGGUGGCUAAACAGCGGCAAAUGAACGAGGCAAGAGUGAGAGGAAAUUAAUGAAUUCAGCGUAGAUGAGAGGAAGGGAUGUUUCUGUGUCUGCCAGGACUCCAGUGUCUCCUCUGUGCCUCUCUGUGUAGCUGGAGCUCUGCUCUUUUUAGCUGCAAACGUUAGUGCUUUGAGGGGCUGCUCGUUGCCCUGUUAUGAGGAACGGGAGAACACAUGUCUGGCCGGCUUGAAACGGGCUGCCUGUCAACCAACACUGUGAAGGAGGGAACAUACACAGCAGCCCUGAUGGGAUGGGAAGAGAUGCAGCUAAUCUGCUGAGGAACCCUGUUUGGACUAACCUGCUGAGGGACUCUGUGUGGACUAACCUGCUGAAGGACCCUGUGUGGACUAACCUGCUGAAGGACCCUGUGUGGACUAACCUGCUGAAGGACCCUGUGUGGACUAACCUGCUGAAGGACCCUGUGUUGACUAACCUGCUGAGGGACCCUGUGUGGACUUAUCCUGUUGAGGGACCCUGUGUGGACAAACCUGCUGAGGGACCCUGUGUUGACUAAGCUGCUGAGGGACCCUGUGUUGACUAACCUGCUGAGGGACCCUGUGUUGACUAACCUGCUGAGGGACCCUGUGUGGACUAACCUGCUGAGGGACCCUGUGUGGGUUGUCAGUGGCAGUGUCAGUUCCCGUCAGAGACACCUUGUUUCUGUUUCUCAGAAAGACUUAGAGACCUACCUCUAGCUGGACCUUCAUAUCCCAUACUGCCCACCUUGAUCCACCACCCUCCACCACAGCACCUCUGGUGCCUGUUACCACCACCACCACUCACAGGGACGGAUCUGGGAUGACACCAUGACAAUUAUUAAUCUCCUCAGCUACACCUCACUUGUCAUCACGAACGCCGCCCAGAGAUAACCAGCACUAGAACGUGCCUACGCUCAGAGAUAAAUCCACACAACCUGACCCCUGUUGACAUCAUCAUGGGAGACGGAGUCGGGAGCUGGGAGUGUCUGAGUCCGUCUGAGUUUGGUCAGUUGCAGCAGUACAGCGAGUAUUCCACCAAGAAACUGAAGGAUGUCCUGGAGGAGUUUCACGGUGAAGGGGUCCUCUCCAAGUACAACCCUGAGCAGAAGCAAGAUGUUCUCAACCAACCCAUCGACUACGAGGGUUUCCAGCUCUUCAUGGCCACCUACCUGGAGAACGACAUCCCAGAGGAGCUCUGUCAGCACCUGUUCACCUCCUUCAAGAGCAAGACAGGGGGCUGCUCUCCUGAAGUGCCCCGUGCUGAAGCUGGACUUCUGGAGCCGCGUUCCAUUGAUGCAGGCAUCUCAAUACAGACUGAAGUGGCCUGUGCCCCCAUAACAGGAAUGAAUGGAAAGAGCAUCCUUACAACCAUGGCUAGACACACGCCGGAACAUUCCUCCAUGACAGCCACGUGUUCAGGGCCCGCGUCCACCUCUCCCUGCUCCUCCCGUUCCUCCUCACAGCGCUCUGGGACGGGGACCCAGACUCCCGGGAGUUCCCACUGCUCACAUGCCUGCAACCAGGCCAACACGUCCUCAGCCGGCGGCCGUAACGCCUUGACCCCCAAGCCGGCCAGGUCCCGGGAGUCCCCCUGCCUCUCCCCAGAGACGAUCAAAGCGGAGAAGCAGCGGAGCCCCAUGCCACAGAAGGGCUCCUCCCCCAUACCGUCGCCUCAGGUGGUGUUUCUGAAGGACAUCGUGUGUUACUUGUCCCUGCUGGAGAGGGGAACCCCGGAGGACAAGCUGGAGUUUAUGUUCAGGCUGUACGACACAGAUGGCAAUGGAGUUCUGGACAGCUCGGAACUGGAUCGCAUUAUAAAUCAGAUGGUCCAUGUGGCAGAAUACCUGGAAUGGGAUUCAACAGAGCUACGACCGAUCCUGAAGGAGAUGAUGGAAGAGAUAGACUACGACCGAGAUGGAACAGUCACUCUAGAGGAGUGGAUCAGAGGGGGUCUCACCACCAUCCCCCUGCUGGUCCUACUGGGCAUGGAGACGAAUAUGCAGGAGGACGGGCAGCAUGUGUGGAAACUGAAACACUUCAACAAGCCGGCCUAUUGUAACUACUGCCACACCAUGCUGCUGGGAGUCCGUAAGCAAGGCCUCUGCUGUUCCAUAUGCAAGUAUACGGUCCAUGAGCGCUGUGUGUCCAAAGACAUCACUGCAUGCAUCAGCACCUACGCCAAAUCCCGCAGACAUACAAAUGCUAUGCAGCACGUGUGGAUGGAAGGAAACUCUCCCACUAAGUGCGACCGCUGUCACAGAAGUAUCAAGUGCUACCAGGGUUUAACAGGUCUCCACUGUGUAUGGUGUCAGAUAACUCUCCACAAUAAGUGUGCAUCUAACGUGAAGCCUGAGUGUGAUGGAGGAGCCCUGAAAGACCACACCCUGCUCCCCUCCUACAUCUGCCCUGUUGUCUUGGACCGUCAUUCCUUAGUGAAGCGUGAUGAAGGGGAUUCCCCAGCCAGCACCAGCCCCGACCAUCAGAGUCAGAGCUUUAAAUUCACGGGAGACGGACAAGCGCUGCAGAUCACUCCGCUCCCAGGGACACAUCCUCUCCUCGUCCUGGUCAACCCAAAGAGUGGCGGGAGACAGGGGGAGCGGGUGUUAAGAAAGUUCCAGUACCUGCUAAACCCCAGACAGGUCUACAGUCUGGACCGAGGUGGACCUAUGGUGGGGUUAAACUUUUUUCAUGAUGUCCCUGACUUCCGGGUUUUGGCGUGUGGAGGUGAUGGAACGGUUGGAUGGAUCUUAGACUGUAUUGACAAGGCCAACUUUCCCAGGGACCCACCGGUGGCCAUUCUCCCGCUGGGCACAGGAAACGACCUAGCAAGAUGCCUACGCUGGGGUGGAGGUUACGAGGGAGGCAGUCUGCUGAAGUUCCUUCGGGACAUAGAACACAGCACAGAGAUGUUCCUGGACCGAUGGAACAUUGACAUCGUACCUGUGGACAAGGAAGAGAAGGGAGACCCAGUCCCCAACAGCAUCGUUAACAACUACUUCUCUAUCGGAGUGGACGCCUCCAUCGCUCACCGCUUCCACUUGAUGAGAGAAAAGCACCCAGAGAAAUUCAAUAGCAGAAUGAAGAACAAGCUGUGGUACUUUGAGUUUGGCACCACUGAGACCAUCUCUGCCACGUGCAAGAAACUCAACGAAUGUAUUGAAGUUGAGUGUGAUGGCAUCAUCUUGGACCUCAGCAGCACGUCUUUGGAAGGCAUCGCCGUCCUUAACAUACCCAGCAUGCACGGCGGCUCCAACCUGUGGGGCGAGACCAAGAAGCGCCGGAACUACAACCGCAUGAGCAAGAAGGUGCCGGACCGGAUCUGUGCCAGUACCAUUACAGAUUUAAAGGAGCUCAAAUUCUGUGUUCAGGACCUGAGUGACCAGCUGUUAGAGGUGGUGGGUCUAGAGGGGGCCAUGGAGAUGGGGAAGAUCUACUCAGGCCUGAAGAGUGCUGGCCGCAGACUGGCCCAAUGCUCCAACGUCACCAUCAGGACAUCCCGGCUACUGCCCAUGCAGAUAGACGGGGAGCCAUGGAUGCAGCCACCGUGCACGAUAAAGAUCACACAUAAGAACCAGGUUCCCAUGCUACUGGGCCCACCUCAGAAGACCCCCUUUUUCCUCUUCAAAAGACGCAACCGAAGUAAGGACUAUGAGUGAGGAAGACAGCAAAACCCCCCCCCCCCACACUUCACACACACUCUUCACCAGUGGCUCCACCAAAACCAGCUGAGGACUCGUUAAUUGUUCCCCAUGUGGAGGAACUGUACCUGGGGGAUAGGAGGUGUGGUGGAGAGGUUCGUGGGGAACAUCACGAUGUGGAUCCUUUGCAGAACCACUCAACAGGUCCGGAAGACGAAGUCAUUGCCCCUUGGACCUAAAGUAACACUUCAAAAUGAACUGACUUCUCAGUGUAAUGACCACUUCCUGUGUACCAAUUUUCUAGCUUAUAUAGAACUUUAUUCAAACUUUGACCCUGCCACUGGCCCACUAGCUCAGCCCCUUUUCCAGUCCCAGACCCGCCAGUACUGCCACGAUGCCUUGGCAAAACAAAGUGCCAGCCUGCACAUAGGUUUAUCUAGGGAUGCUGCCAAGGUCCUCAGAGGAGUAGAGACAAGGAGUGAUAAAGAAGAACCUGCUGAAAUAGGUUGGAAGGGGAGACAAGCAGAUGAGCAGAGAAGAGCGUAGAAGGGAAGGAGCGAGGAAUGGGAUGAUUAAGACACAGCAGAUAAAAGUAGCAUGUUUGUGUGUGUUCUCCUCUCUCUUUGAGGAACCCGUUGAAUAAUGGAUCAGAGCUUGUAGAGUGUUCGCUUCCGCGUCUCUCCACGGCACCAGACCACUGCACUGCCUAAGAGAUGAAACGGAAAGAGAUCAUCUAUUAUUGACUUCUUCGUUUACGCUUGACGGUGGCCGCAAGGCAAAACACACAGUAUAACAGUGGCCUGGGAAGGAUGGGAAACUCAAACUAACACGCAGGGAUUUCAGACCACUACAAGCGUCUUUAGAUGUAAUAGCCAUAGCUGAUCUGAUGCUAGGCCUUGGGGCAAACAGAUGCUAAGGAUGGGUGUUCUUUCUGUUGUUGAGGGUUAGAUGCUGUAGACUGGCCAUCAUCUUAGUAAGUGUAUGAAACUAAAUCUGACUGUCACACAGGCCCUUGACUCAGCCUGACAUACUACAGAUGGCAAGGCCAUUGGUCCUACCAGCCAGACCCGUAGAUCAGUGGAACAGAGCCCAGUGUGCAAGGAACAUUAAAUAUCUUUGAGUGAACAUUGGACCUUACACUGGAUGUAUCCCUGUGAAGAGAAGUGUAGGCCACUAGGACAGCUAUAGGUUAAAGAAAGAAGCCAUGUGUACAGUAUUGGAAAGACUGAAGGAGUUUGGGGAAUUAUUACAGGGGUCUCCAACAGGUCGAUUGCAUUUUACUCGUAGCUACUCGUAACUAUUGCUAGUUAGAUGAUUAGCUUAUGAAACAGUUAAGGUAAAUACAGUUUUUAUGUUUCUUUCAUGAAAACAUAAGACUUUUUAGACUCUAAACUACUGUCUAAUCAACAUUAUUAGUAUCCCUUUUAAGACAUUGUUGGUUUAAAAAUAAAAAAUCUGGCAGUUGA